AUGGGCCCCUGUACCGCCUCCUCAUGCUGCUGCCAGGCCCGUAAUCUGCCAUGGGCCCCCGUACCGACUCCUCAUGCUGCUGCCAGGCCCGUAAUCUGUCAUGGGCCCCUGUACCACCUCCUCAUGCUGCUGCCAGGUCCAGAGUGUCUCAUGGGUCCCUGUACGGCCUCCCAUUGCUGCUGUCUCCAUCGCCACACUCUGCCAUGUGCCACUUUCAGGUCUCCUCACACUGCUGGUGGGUUCCAUUUUGUCAUAGGGUGCUGUAUGGCCUCCCAUUGCUGCUGCCUCCACCGCCACACUGUGGCUCCACACACUCUGGUUUUGGCCCGUGACUGCCCAAAUGAGUGAAGUGUGCGGUGAUUCUAAGAUCGACGGCACUCAUCUGCAUGUCAUACUGACUGACAGUAUUAUUUUAAAUUCGCAGCAAAUAUAUUCGCAUCGAAUCAAAUUUA